UUGCUUUCAGAAGGGUUUAAAAGUAAUUUCAAUCCCCACAUUAUAGUACACAGCAGCAGCAGCACCAAUGGGAUCUGCAGAAGCCGCUUCGUUAACCAGUUUCCUGGCUCGCAAACAAGUCUCACCUAGAGCGAGAAAGACACAGCAUAUACAUAUAAUAAUAUUAUAUUAAAGCCCAACUCUCUUCUCUCAAACCCUCAGACCAGAAAACUACUCAGUUCAACAACUCUGCAAAUGGCAAGUUAGGGUUUCGAAAUUCGCAUCCCAUCAACUCCUUCACUCAGUUCCAUACUGGUUUUAAGAUCAAACCACUUGUCGCUGGAAGAAAUCCACUCUAUCACCAGCAAAAUGUUAGAUUACGAAUGGGGUAACCCUUCAACCAUCAUGCUAUCGGCUGAUGAAGCAAACCCAGAAUCCGACCCGAAUCGACCCAUUUUUGAUCACUUCACUAAUACAAAUUCCACCCACACUCACCAAACCUUCAACGAAAACCUUCUUUCACACCAAGCUUCUGCUUUCUCUAACCACCAACAUUUUAGCAACCAAACCCAAACUCAGACUCAUCAGCAGCUUCAUUCUCUCUACGACCCACGCGCUUACGGCGGCGCGUCUCCAUACGCGUCCACCCACCCCGCUCUACUCUCACUUGACCACUCCGUUCCAGGAGGCGGAGGAGGCUACUUCUUGGUGCCCAAGAGUGAGGAAGUCUCUAGGCCCCUUGAUUUCACCUCAAGGAUAGGGCUUAAUUUGGGUGGCCGUACAUACUUCUCCUCGGCUGACGAUGAUUUUGUGAACCGGCUCUAUCGCCGGUCUAGACCGGGAGAGACCGGUUCCGCUAACUCUCCUAGAUGCCAAGCCGAGGGCUGCAAUGCGGAUCUGAGCCACGCCAAACACUAUCACCGCCGGCAUAAGGUCUGCGAGUUCCAUUCCAAAGCGUCAACGGUGAUAGCAGCCGGGUUGACUCAGCGAUUCUGCCAGCAGUGCAGCAGGUUCCAUCUCUUAUCGGAAUUCGAUAACGGGAAACGGAGUUGUAGAAAAAGACUGGCUGAUCACAAUCGUCGCCGGAGAAAAUCUCAUCAGCCAACUCAAGAUCAUAACCACAAAUCUGUCCCCGAAAAUCCUAGAAAUUGCACUUCUGAUCAUCAACUCUCAAGAUCUCCGCAAGAUUCAGGAGCGCAAUCUUCUUCCUCCGUGACGGUGGCGGUGUCCCCUCCGAGGAUUUUGCUGGACUGUUUCAGACAAAGAUCGUAUCCGGCAACGGAAUCUUCAUCGGCAACCGGGGGUUCGUCUCUUUUUUUCUCAACUGGGUAGGAUGCUGCGGAUGACUAGGAAAUCUAAAUCAUAAAUGAAUGAAUUAGAGGUGUAGGUUUAAGUGUAACAUAGGGAAGGAACGUCUGUAUUAAUUUUAAUUGUUCAGUUUAGCUAAGAUUUCAGUGUUCUAAUCAGCAAAUGGGAUUAAUUGGGCAUCUCUAUUCAAUAUUAAUUAUGUAUAUGUUCUCCAUGUUAGUAAGGAGUGAGAGUUUGGUUUGAUUGUUCUAAUCAACCCUAAUAUAUAUGAGAAAGUAGUUUUAUCACUUAA